AGAAACGGAAAAUUAAUUAAUACAUAAACAUAGUCCUUUUCCACUUUUUGGUCUUUGGAUGGCGUCUUUGUUUUUAAGUAAUAAUCGGUGUAACAGUGUGUUAAAAUAACAAGACCAACUUUUGAUAAGUUUCCUAAGAAGUUUCAAUUAUAAAUGACAAUUUUUUCAGUGAAAUUCAACAAAAAUGUAUUAUUGUUAUUGUAAUUAACUAAAUGAAUCUGCAAUACCGGCAAUGGCUUUGUGGCAGAAUGCGUCGUCCGUCAUAUGGAGAUUAGACGACACAGCGAAAAUUACGUGUUUCAUAGAAAAUGCUCAAAACAUUAACAAACACACCGAAUACAUAAUUAGGGUUCAAAGAGGCCCCAUCAAAGAAAAUAUGUGGAAUGUAUCUCGUAGAUAUAGUGAUUUUGCAUCGCUACACUCAUUACUGCUGAAAUCCAAUAUAGAUUUGCCUCUCCCACCUAAAAAACUCAUAGGAAAUAUGCAGCCUUCAUUUAUCGCAGAAAGACAAGUGGCUUUGCAGAACUAUUUAAAUGAAGUGCUGAAACAUCAGAUAUUAGCAUUGUCAUUGGCAGUGAGAAGUUUUCUAGAUCCAAACAACUAUUCAUUAGCCAUCUCAGAGCAAUCUCUGCAGACCGUGUCAAUAGCCUUGAGGGGAGACUUGCGUUAUGAACUAAAAGGACCCAUUGCCGAUAUUGGAUGGAGAAUAAGGAAACAUUAUUUUUUGAUGUCCGAUAUUAGUAGCAAGACUAAUUGCUUACUUUCGUAUCAGCACUACGGACCGGAUAGAUAUCUCUGCGAUAAAGACUUACAGAUUGCCUUCAAGAGCCUACAAAAUCUUUCGCACCCGUAUAUAGACCAAAUAUUAGCUAUACAUAAUUUAGAAAAUGGUGCCUACGUUAUUCGAAGGAUACACGAGAGCGGAAGUCUGAGAGAUAUAUUAUACGGUACCGAAUACAGUAAACAUUAUUUAAUGAAGUAUGGCAACCCGAAAAUAAGGAAACCAUUCACGACCGGACAAAUCGCACACUAUGGUUAUCAGAUAUUGCAAGCAAUAAAGUUUCUACACGAAAAAGGUCUACCACACGGUCACAUCCAUCCCGGCAACAUCGCAAUAGAGAACCAAAGAGCUCUGCUAAUGGAGGUCGAGAAUUUUGUUAUCGGCGUGCCCUGUCUCUACCGACCCUAUUUACUCGAACUGCGGAGGGUAACGACCCCCGAAGACAUCGAUUUAUACUGCUUCGGCAGAACCUUGUACGAGAUGACGUUCGCCAACGCACCGGAGGACCCCCACUGCGAUUACUUCCCCGACGGAAUCAAUAUGGAUUUAGAGUCAGUAUUACACAUGUGCCUUUCAAGUCACGCUUGCAAGCACGGCAUGCCGACAGUAGACAGUCUACUCCGGCACCCGUUCUUCUGCCAAGCGCCCCUCAACGGCCUCACGGUGGCGCCGCGCGACGAGAAGAUCCACCUCAAGUUCCCCAUACAGCUGAAGGAAGAGUUGAAGGCCGCCGUCUCUAGCGCUGAAGCGAGAUUAAAACGAGAACAGAAACUGGUGCGAAGCGCAAAGAGAGAAGUCAGGAUCCAAGAAAUACUCUCUUCAGAAGAGGAAAUGAAGAAACAGAAAAAAAGAAUGAAAAAGCGCGAGAGCAUCUGGAAGUCGACGUCGUCGCUGGCGGACACGGUGCGGAGCGCCAGCACGGCCUCGUCCCCCUCGCCGCCCGCGCCCCGCGAGCGCACCCCGCCGCCCCCGCCACAAGGCGCAGACAUGGGUGCCGCGGAGGGAGCGCCGCCCCCCGCCGGCCGCUCCGCGCUGCUGCACGCCAUCUGCGCCUUCGACAAGUCCAGACUCGCUCGCGUAUCGACUCGGUGAGACGACGCAUCGAUAUCGAGUUAUCGAUUUUAUAUUGGGGAGCUGAAAUUAAACUUACAAACGGUGUGUUAUACCUAACUCAAUAUUAACACAUUCACUGCCAUGUAGUUCACCGGUGUCCUACGCGGCGCACUGAUGUAAUUAUGUCGAUUUCUGUUACUAAGCGCCUGGAUUGCUUGUCGUCGCCUUCUUUUGUUUGUUAAUGUAUAUUUUAGUCUUUUAGGUGUCUUAUAAAUAGAUUCAUUGUCAGUAUCUUUGGAUUCGUCUUUCCCAGAGUCUACCAGAUAUUCCGGCGCUUUAGUAAGAAGAACAAAGAGAGUAAUCUACAUAAAUAUUUCAGUGCGGCGCAAAGGGCACCGGUGACCUACAUGGCAGUCAACGUGUUAAAUAUAGUCGAUAUUUAAACUGUUUGUCUGUUAAUGCCCCUAAACUAGUUCAGAGUGACAGCCAAAAUAAUUGCGAUCGACAAAAUGUAUUUCAGUAAUAUAUUGUCGUGUUAAUAUAGUGUUUAAUCAGCUAACCAGCGCGUCCGUGGUUUCGGGAGGCCCGAUGUGACGUCGACACUAAAAUCCUGUGUUGCUAUUCGUAGAACAUUGUUUUUUCUCCUUUGAGAACGACCCGUUGCAUCCUAAAAAUCUCUGAAUCUAACAUUCUCUUGGGUUUGCGCGAGUCGUAGAUAUAAUUAAAAGUACUUUUAUAGUUCAAUCUCGCAUUAUCUAUUCAAAUGUCUACGAAUAAGAGUUUUAACCUCAACUGUCCACGACUACGAAAACUGUAUUAUAGUAGUAUAUAUAAUAUGUAAUAGUAUUCCAAACGUCGGUAGUAAUAAAUGUAAUGGCAAUUUAAAAAAAAAGUGAGAUUAAAUCAUAAAAGUCGAUAGGUGACGCUAAAUAAAUGAGAUUAAAUCAUAAAAUUCGAUAAUUUUAUGAAUACACAUUUUUUUUACUGACAGUCCAUGCACUUUUGUAGCCCACUGUACAAGUUUACUCUUGUUAAUGCUAGUGUUAGCAAACUUUCUCAGGCUGAGCCCUUGAGCUCACUUACUCGUCCGGGAGUAGCUGGAAUAACCUCUCAGGCUACCAGUGAAUAGGUAGGGAAAAAAUAAUGUACAAAUUAAAUGCGUUGCAUAUGAAUAUCCGUUUUCAGUUAUGUUUAGCUACGAUUAAAAAAUAAUUAUUUCAAGUAAUUCCGAUUAGUGUAGUCUAGUUUCGUUGAGAUAUAAAUUCUAAGGUCUCAGUAUAGUUACAACGGCUGCCCCAUCCUUCAAAUCGAAACGCAUUGCUGCUUCAGAAAUAGGUG